GCUAGGCUAAGCUAAGCUAAGCUAAGUGCUAGCUCCGCGGCUAACUUUCAGUUGGCGUUUGGAAUGGUAGAGCGCGGCGCGAGCUCCUCGGGACAUGGCAGCGGGAGCGGGAGUCGCGUCAGGCGGCUCUCUGGAGUCGGCGUUAGACAAGAAGUUUCAAAGUGUCACGAAUACGAUGGAUUCAAUUCAGGGGCUUUCGACGUGGUGCAUCGACAACAAGAAGUACCACAGCCUGAUAGUGCGACACUGGAUGAAGUGUUUGAAGAAGUCUGACGCCGCUCACAGGCUCAACCUUCUUUACCUGGCCAACGACGUCAUUCAGAACUGUAAAAAGAAAAACGCCAUCGUUUACCGUACGGCGUUCGCUGAGGUGCUUCGGGAGGCCUUCUUGUUGGUCAACUUUGAAGGUGAUCCUAAGGUAAUUAAAUCAGUGGAGAGGAUACUGUCCAUCUGGGAGGACAGGGGUGUGUAUUCAGGAACGCUCAUUACUGAGCUCAGGAGUAGCUUAGUCAAAGAGGAAUCCCCUCCUGAGACACCCGUGGAGCAAAAAACUCCAGUUGAGUGUAAUGCAGAUCUACGGUCCAAGGUUGUUGCUGAGUUUGUGCCCCAGGCACUAAUAGAUGAACUGUCCAAGUACAAGAAAUCAGUGGAGGAGAUUGACCUGAGAGAAAAACAGCUGGCAGCUAUGAGGGUUGACAUCUGCAGUACUGCGGCUCUCAAGAAGCUCAAAGAUAAGGCCGGGGGAAAGAAGUUUUCCAAGGAUUUUGAGGAAGGCAGUGCCCAACUACAGGAGUUCGUCAAGUUCCUGGAAAAACAAAGCAAAACAGGGCCUCCUGUCAUGGAGGCCCUCAGGAACGCAGAUAUCUUCUACGAGACGCAGUAUAAGGAGGUCAAGAUUGUUGCUAAUGCCUAUCAGACGUUUGCUAACCGAGUGUCCCACCUCAAGCGUAAACUGGACACCCUGAAAGCCACCUUACCAGACCUGGACGAUUCACCCAUCCCCUCCCCCUCCGCAGACGCACCGUCUCCAACGGGCUCAGAGUCCCCUUUUCGUGGGCUGGAACUGGCCCACCCCGAUCCAGAUCUCGAUGGCUCUGCUAUGGAUGACGAGGCAGAGCCGCCGGCCCCGAGCCCUCUGUCCUCACCGGGGGGAUCCCCCAAACACACAGAGACACUGGGGGAGAAUGACAACCGUGAAGUGGAAGAUAUGGAGCUCUCUGAUGAAGAAAUGGACAGUGGUGGCAUUAUAGUUGAGGAAAACAUUGAAUGCCCCACACAACCAGCGGUGUCCACUCCAGUUCCUGCAAAAACGGAGCCAUCAGUGUCAAGAGAGCAGCCCGUCGCACAGGCCACGCCCCCUGUCGCAGCUCCUGCAGCUGUCGUGGAAAGUGUUGAUCUCGGUAAAAUUGGCUCCAUCCUCAACAGUUUAAGCUCAGUCAUGAAGAACACAGUACCGUCAGUGGAGAGUCCUCCUGCAGCUGCCCCUGCUGGCUCUUCGUUGAAGACCACACCUGCUGCCUUAGUGGCCCCUCAGGAUGCCAGUUCACUGGUAAACCUCCUCUCCAAGGUGGACGUGAGUCCUGCAGACCUCCUUGGUGCUCUCUCCAAAGUCCAGGGCCAAGGCAGCCGUGAGGGCGUCACUUCUCUUCUGAGCAGCCCAGCUGCAAAUGUCUCCUCAGACUCCUCCAGUACAGGCAAGAUUCCUCCCACUCCCUCAUCCACAUCUGCCUCAGCGGUGCCCUCUCAGAGCCCGUCUGUCUCCUCUGUUGCACCGGUGCCUUCUUCACCCAGCUCCACUGUAAGGCAGAGCACAAGCUCCCAAGCCCCCCCUCAGACUUCUAACCCAGCCUCUGCCUUGGUCCAGGCUCUCCAUAGAGACAUGGAUUUGACAACAGAGCCUGAAGCGUCCAUGUCUUCUAAGAGUUUAGAGUCUAAAAUCCACAACUUCCUGCAGGGGAACUCUGCUUUCAGUGCAUUUGACCUGGGUUUCACCGCAAACCCAGUGCAGGUUGGAGACAACCUCAGCCCAGUAACUGGGGCAGACACCCAGGAUGGGACUCCAGUGCGGGACGAGGGUGGAGGCACCCCGACUCAAGAUGAGAUCAUGGACAAGCCUGCUGUGGCUCCGUUCACAUCCAACACAAAUCAGUCGUCUAUUGGACAAACUUUUAAAACGGCUCCUAUUCCAUACCAGAACAGUCAGCAGAGCCUCAACAAUCCCCAACAACAAGUUCACCUGCAGCCAGGUGCGGCUCAGAACGGGCAGGCCUACCAGAUGUACCCAUACGGAAAACACGAGAUGUCGGAGCACGGGAUUACUGCACCUGUUGCACAUUACCAGCAGAUCUCUGCACAAGCAGGAGGCCCAGUGCCUGGAGAACGAGCCCCGGGCAGUGCCAGUAGCACACAGACAGUUGAAGGCUUCAGUGAAAGAGGUUGGUAUGGUGACAUUUACCCAGAGGGGAACUCUCAGCCACCCAGAGGCUACAAUGUGACCGCGCCCGGAGGGGCCGGAGAAAACAACACUGGGCUGUAUCCAUACCGAGCGGAGCAAAGUCAGCAACCUCGAGACUUUGGCUCCCAGCAGGGGGCCACCGGUUACUUCACAAACGCCCUCCCUCCGGUCCCAAAGUUCCCUCCCCCUCCUCACGGCUUUGACGUCCCCUCCUCCAGUGGUGCAAUGAUUCCUCAAGAGCAGCAGCCAACGCCUCGCGCAGGCAAAGGGGAGGGGACUGGGCCCAGAGCUGACAGCGUCAUUAGUGGGAUGGUGGUCCACGACCAUCAACACAAAUCCAUGUUUCACCCAGACGAUCCGCGAUACGACAUCGACCAACAUCACCCUCCUCACCCUCCUCACCCGGAGGAUUUGCACCCUCACCCAGAUGACCUGCGUUACCAGGAGGACCAAGAGCGUUACCACAACGAGCUGCGCCAUCGCGACGCCCACUUCUUUCAAGACGACCCUUACCAGCACCCGGAUGAGCCUUAUUACAGGCCAGGCAGCCCUCCACACCACUACCCCAGAGUUCGGGGGCGCCUCACUCCCCCCCUCUCCCCCUCAGAGGACCUUUACUUUGCCCACGACUACCAACGGCACAGCCCCCCGCCUCCACACUACGCUCCACGGAGGCCGCCACCACCUCCUCAUCUUGAAAUCCGUCAUCCUGGUCUACGGCCUCCAAACCGGCCUCCCCACCCAGCCCACCACCCGCACCCCAGAGGACCCCCACGUGCACCAUUUCCUCGGUUCCACGGCCCGGAUCCAAGGUUACGAGGAAAACGUCCAGGUCCAAGAGGAGGAGGGGGGAAUGCUGGACCAAUGUUUGCCCCAAAAAGACCUUUUCUACCCCCACGGUACUGACGGACAUGUAGCUUUGAGCUCUUUAAAUCACUGUGGAUCAUGGAGGCAAAGGGGGGCAGGAGUUUUAAGACUGUUCAGUAACUUCGUGGUCUCAGUGUGGAGGUCCUCACCCUGCCAUGAAAAUCUGAAAUGGUAAACGUGGGUGGGGACAAAUACUGCAGAUACUGCGGCGUGGCAUCGGGAGACGAGGUUAAACUGAGGAAGAGUUAAUUCAGCAGCCACCAGAAGAACAAUGUGGAUGGCGGAGAAUAAAGGACGAGGAGGGCAAGAGACAACACCAGGAGAUGUAAAAGACAUCAGAGGCCGAGCUGAAGACUGAAGACAGAAGAUUAAAGAAAAUAAGAGGUGGAUAUAUAUAAUUCACUUUUUGUGUUAUUUGCUCCAGUAUGAAGCAUUGCAUUAAAUAUGUAAUUUAGCGUGAGUUCGAUAAAGGUCAGAGUGUGUGCAUGGUAUGUGUGUGUGCAUGCAGUCAAGUGUAAAUCAACCAGUCACAGAAGUUGACUCUGAAGAUAGUUAUUUUUUUGCUAAGAGAGUAAAAAAAAAAACAAACACCCCCGAAUGUAGCUGAUGCAAUGUUUCUGCUGUGUUUUUUAGUUUUUCCGUGAGCAGUUUUGACUGCUUCUCUUCCGUAUCAGCAGUAUCGCAGUAACUUUUGCUAAAACAUCAAUUUAAAUUUCACUUUGGGAAUGAAAAACAUGAGUGUAUGUUUAUAGAAUUUAUGUUCCUUCAAAAAAAUACACAUUCGCAUAUUUUUGGGGGGGGGAGAAUAAUUUUGUCAUUGUUCCAAACACCGAGUGUUAUAUUUGUGAAGCGCUGCUUUCUUUCACUGCGUAAGAUCCCUUUCGGCGAUAGUUUUUACGUCAUCGUUAUGUUCCCUGCAGUAGAGCGGCACAAGUCAAUUCAGAGGGAGAAAAGACGUGUGAGUUACUUUUUUCAGCCUCCAACACUGACGCAGAAGAAGUGCAUUUUUGGAGGGGAUGAAGAUACUCGACUUCAGUUUCGUUUUUACUUGUACUGACUAAUAAAAAUCUGAGUUUGAAAAA